AUGAGCCUCUCCUCGGACGCCCUGUACCGCCUGCAGCGGGCACGCUUCAGCUGGGCCAGCGCGGCGGCCGGCUGGGCUGAGCAGCGCGCCGUCGGCUCGUCCGCAGUAUCCCGAGUGUGCUCGACUCGCGGCGCCGCCCUGGAGCGCGUCGAGCGCCCGUGGGAGACGGAGGGAGCUCCCGAUGACGACGGUUACCCCACGUCUCUAGCCGAGCCGUGCCGUCGGCUGGCGGCCGCCGCCGACAGCCUGCACGAGCAGCUGGAGCGGCUACAGGCCGCCACUGACACCCUGACCGCCCUCGGGCGACUGGAGGAGGCGAGGGCCGGUCGGGGCGACUCCACCGCCGGCGCCGCCCCCGCCGUCACCACCUGGGACGCGUCCCGCUGUGCGGCGGCCGCCUCCCGUCUUCUACCGCUCUACACCAAGGAAACGGAGGUGAAACGAACUGUCGCCUCGUGGCUGGCGCACGCCGACUCUGCGGCCGCGCUGACGGCGCUGCGGGCCGCCUGGAUGCACCACAACGAAGUGCUGGCUACGGUCAUCGCCGAAGUAGAGUUUAUGCUGAAUAGCAGACCACUCACCUACGUCAGCACCGAUAUCGGCGACCCUUUAGCACUGACUCCGAACCAUCUCCUCCUCGGCCGCGACGACCCCUGUCUGCCUCCCAGCCUGUUCUCUGAUGAGAGUUCCAACCUCAGACGGCGCUGGAAGCAAGCGCAGCAGAUAGCUGAACACUUCUGGAGGAGGUGGUCAAAGGAGUACCUUCCCACACUGAUGAGACGUGAGAAGUGGAUCCGAGACACGCCCCCGUUCGCAGUCGGAGAUGUGGUCCUCAUCGCUGAGGACUACGCUCCUCGGGGGCGCUGGCCGAUCGCCCGUGUCAGCCAGCUGUUUCCGGGACCUGACGGCCGCGUGCGCUCGGUUGAGCUGAAGACAGGAUCCGGGACCUGUGUGCGCCCCGUGGUCAAGCUCUGCCGUCUCGAAGAAGCAUGCUGA